AUGUUUGACCGCCUCUUCACCCUGUCGGGAGAAGAAAAUGAUUUUGCAGACAGUACUGGAGAUCCCCUUUCAGAGAUCAGCAAGGACAAGUCCUGUUCCUCCUGCUCUCUCCGGGCCCCCACCAUAAGUGACUUGCUCAACGAUCAGGACUUAUUAGACGUGAUCAGGAUAAAGCUGGAUCCAUGUCACCCAACGGUAAAAAACUGGAGGAAUUUUGCCAGCAAAUGGGGCAUGUCCUAUGAUGAAUUGUGCUUCCUGGAACAGAGGCCACAGAGUCCUACCUUGGAGUUCCUGCUCCGGAACAGUCAGAGGACAGUGGUCCAGCUGAUGGAGCUCUGCCGGCUCUACCACAGGGCCGACGUGGAGAAGGUUCUGCGCAGGUGGGUGGAUGAGGAGUGGCCCACGAGGGGGCACGGAGACCACCCCAGGCACUUCUAG